AUGGUUGGGAUGUUCUCACCCGCGGUUGAUUUCCGGUUCCUUAUUUUUGGUCCGCCACCGACCAAACCGAACCGUUGUCCACCCCUAGUCCAUGGUCCUUGUGGUUUGGAAAAUCUCAACUCACCUUGCAUGAAGGAUAACAAGUGCACCAAGUUUUAUCCUAAGAAAUUUCAGCCUACGACUAUAGUGGAUCACGAGGGCUAUCCGGUUUAUAGGAGAAGAAACAACGGACACACAAUUGAAAAGAACGGCAUCAUCUUUCAUAGUGGUCAUGUGGUUCCUCACAAUCCAAGUUUGCUAUUAAAAUUCGAAGCCCACAUCAACAUGGAAUGGUGCAACCAAAGUACUUCCAUCAAAUACCUUUUCAAAUAUAUCAACAAAGGUUCGGACCGUAUUUCUGCAAUCAUACAAGGUCAGGACAAAAACAAUGUUGACGAGAUCAAGCAAUAUUUGGAUUGUCGAUACAUCUCCCCAAGUGAAGCAUGUUGGAGGAUCUUUUCUUAUUCUAUACAUGGAAGGAAGCCCGCUGUAGAGAGACUGUUUUUUCAUAUGGAAGGUGAAAACUCCGUGUACUACAAAGACUACGAGCAAGUUGGUGAUGUUUUACUCAAACCAAGUGUAACUGAGUCAAUGUUUACAUCUUGGUUUGAGGCAAACAAAACUUACGAGGAAGCAAGAUUGCUAACUUAUGGUGACUUUGUUUCUAAAUUUGUUUAUCAUAAAAGAAGUCGAACUUGGAAGCCAAGGAAAAGAGGAUAUACCAUUGGUCGACUCAUUUGGGUUCCUCAAAGUACUGGUGAAUUGUUUUAUUUAAGAAUGAUGCUCACUGUCACAAAGGGUCCUUUAUGCUAUAAAGACAUUAAGAAAGUUGAUGGAAAACAACUUAAAACUUUUAGGGACGCAUGCUUUGCGAUGGGAUUUCUACAAGAUGAUCGAGAAUUUGUCGAGGCCAUCAAAGAGGCACAUCUUUGGGGUUCCGAUCCAUUUUUACGCAAGUUAUUUGUGACAAUGUUGUUAUCUUCUUCCAUGAACAGACCGGAACAUGUUUGGAGAAAGACUUGGAUGUAUUUAUCAGAUGGCAUUCUCUAUGAGCAACGCUUAUUCACAAGAAAUCAAGGUCUGACAAUGAGCGAUGCCGAGCUCAAAGAAAGGACACUUAUGGCCAUUGAGACACUUUUACAAAAUAAUAAUCGAACUCUGAAAGACUUCAAGACAAUGCCAUAUCCAAAAGAUUUUGUCGUCUCCUUUACUGGAAAUAGGCUACUUUACGAUGAACUUCAAUAUGAAGUUGUUGCUCAAAAACAAAUUUUUGAUACUUUGUAUGCUUCUCUUACAAAUGAGCAACGAAGCAUUUUUGAGGAAAUCAUGGAUGCUGUAGAAAAGCAACAAGGUGGGGUGUUUUUUUUAUAUGGCUAUGGUGGGACUGGUAAGACCUUUAUGUGGAACACUUUAUCAGCAACACUUAGGUCCAAAAAGAAAAUUGUUUUGCCGGUUGCUUCGAGUGGAAUUGCAAGUUUGUUGUUACCAGGAGGAAGAACAGCUCAUUCUAGAUUUAAGAUUCCCGUUCCUACUUUAGAGACUUCUAUUUGCAACAUUGAAAAAAAAGAUGAUAUUGCUGAGCUUCUUAAGUUUACAGAUUUAAUCAUCUGGGAUGAGGCUCCUAUGGCUAACAAACAAAUUCUCCCUGUUAUACCAAGAGGUACUAGAUCUGAUAUUAUCCAUGCAACAAUUAAUGCUUCUUAUAUUUGGGAUCAUUGUAAAGUAUUGAGACUUACAAAGAACAUGAGAUUGCAAAGUGGUCCACCUACUACUACAGCUGAUGAGAUUAGGAGCUUUUCUGAGUGGAUUUUAAAUAUUGGAGAUGGGACCAUGUGUGAACCUAAUGAUGGUUAUGCUGAUAUCUGUAUUCCAGAUGAGUUCAUAAUUUCAAACUUUUCAGAUCCGAUUCAGGCCAUUGUUGAAGAUACCUACCCCGAUCUCAUUCAUAAUUAUCUUGAUUCCAAUUAUCUUCAAAGUCGUGCGAUAUUAGCUUCAACAAUCGAAGUAGUUGAUGAUAUCAACCAAUAUAUCACUAACCUUCUUCCAGGUGAAGAGAGAGAAUACUUUAGUAGUGAUUCCAUUGAUAGAUCAGAUGUAACUAACUUUGAUGCAUAUGAGCAUGUGACACCCGAGUUUUUGAACGCUCUUAAAACCUCAGGAUUGCCUAACCAUUCAAUCAGGUUGAAAGUCGGGGCCACUAUUAUGUUAAUGCGCAACCUAGAUCAGUCAGAGGGCUUGUGCAACGGCACACGACUAACUGUAACCAGACUUGCUGCCCAUGUCAUUGAAGCCAAGAUCAUUUCUGGAAAAAAUAUUGGUAACAUCUUUUAUAUUCCUAGAAUGUCUUUAUCCCCCUCACAGUCUCCAUGGCCAUUUAAAUUGGUGAGACGCCAAUUUCCAAUUAUUGUUUCCUUUGCCAUGACUAUUAACAAGUCACAGGGCCAGUCACUUGACAAUGUGAGAUUGUAUGUGCCAAAGGAAGUUUUUAGUCAUGGGCAAUUGUAUGUCGCUAUCUCAAGAGUCAAAUCCAAAAAGGGAUUAAGGAUUCUUAUUCAUGACAAAGAGAAACAACCUAUGCUCUCUACCACCAAUGUUGUUUUCAAGGAAGUGUUCCAUAACAUUUAA